GCAGUAGGCUCUGUUGUUUGAAGGACAUCCACGCUGCCCUUACUCAGAGGCAUUAUGCUGCUUGAGAAGUUUCAGGUGGUCAUGUCUCUUUCAGUAAGGGUUUCACCAUUGGGGAUAAGGCAACAGCAUUGCUCACAUCCAGCUGUGAAAUAGGUUCAUGCACAAACACGCUCGCUUCCAGAAUGUCCUUGCACACGUGAACCUUUUUUUUCUCUUUUGAAAUUAACGACUGUCCAUGCUCACUUCCUCUUUUUUGGAGUGGGGGUUGCAAUUGUAGUUCUUUCCUGCUCCACCUCUCCCUUGCAAGCGGGCCAUUAUAUAACAGGAUCGUAGAAGCAGAAGGACAGAGGAAGACGGAAGGUUGAGAACCCUUCUCUUCUUCAAGGUCACAUUCAGUUCUUUCCUGCUCCACCUCUCCCUUGCAAGCGGGCCAUUAUAUAACGGGAUCGUAGAUGCAGAAGGACAGAGGAAGACGGAAGGUUGAGAACCCUUCUCUUCUUCAAGGUCACAUUCAGAGCUGAUCAUGAUGUUCAAAGGAGUUGGCCUUGGACUCUUCAUAGUCCUGGCUGCAGUGCUGAUGCUGGGCACCUUUGCUGCGGAUUACGAGACCUUCCUGAGGCAGCACUACGAUAACCCCAAAAGCAACGUGGGAGAUAACUACUGUAAUAAAAUGAUGCAAAGGCGCGGAAUGACCCGACCCAGAUGUAAGAAGGUCAACACCUUCAUCCAUGACACAAGGAAUAAAAUCAUUGCUGUCUGUGGGGAUGGUGGAGAAGCCAUCAAUAACAGAUUUCGGCGUAGCAAGAAACAGUUCCGGGUCACCACCUGCAAGAUGAAGGGAUCGUCCACCAAACCUCCUUGUGAUUACAGGGAAAACAACUCGCCCAGGUAUAUUGUCAUUGCUUGUGAGAACGGAUUGCCUGUGCACUAUGAGGAAGGCCAGAUUUAA